GCUUUGCUUGAGUCUUAAGAAUUUCAGUCUGAUUCUGAAGCCAUAAUCCUCAGAUUCGCGUUGCGAAGGCCGCAAUUAUGGGGAAUGCUCUCAGGUUCCUCUGCGGUCACUUCUGCAGUCCCAGCGCCGGCAGCGGCGGCGGCGGCGGCGGCUCCGAUUCCCUCGGUCCUCACGGCGUAUCGCCGGCCACCGUCGGCGUCUCCGCUCUUGCUCACGAUCUCUUCGAUUUCGAGAUCACAUCUCAGGUUCCUCAAGGACUUAGUAAGCAUGUGGUUUCUUCCAAGAAGGCGCAGGCGAAUUGGUAUGGAAAACUGGCUGAGGCGUGGAGGUCGGAGAAACCACCUCCAAGAACACCCGAAGAAGCAUCUCGGCUAGUGAUUCAGACCCUCAAGAGACACCAAAAGAAAGAUGUCGAGGGUUUAUUGGCUUUCUAUGGUCUCCCUCUACCUCACACUCUCGUUGAACUUUCUGCUUCCGCCCCAACAACCGGCGCACCGCUACCUGACGGUAUUAAGUUYGAGCUGCAGACAUUACCAGUUGAUGCAAAAGCGGUAGCAGAUGGAGAUACAGUGACAGUUUAUGUCAGUACAGAGAACCCCAGAGAAUCCGCUUGUAUUCCAAAAGAGGUUCAAGCAGCCGCGGUUCAAAGAUCACAUGCUAGAGCAGCCAAGAACUACGCAAAGGCUGAUGCACUUCACAAGAAAAUAACUGAUGCUGGUUACAGGGUGCUUACUUUUCAAAACGAGGAGAUUCUUGCAAAGAAAUACCGAAUUCGUCUCAGAGGAAUAGAUGCACCAGAAAGCUCAAUGCCUUAUGGGAAAGAAGCAAAAGAAGAGCUAACAAAGCUUGUCGAAGGCAAGUGUUUGAGAGUACUCGUGUACGGAGAAGAUCGGUAUAACCGGUGUGUGGGUGACUUGUACUGCAAUGGAAAGUUUAUUCAGGAAGCAAUGUUGAAAAAGGGGUUCGCAUGGCAUUACGCAGCCUAUGACAAACGUGCAGAGCUAGCAAAGUGGGAAAAGGAAGCUCGAGCUAAAAGAGCUGGGCUGUGGGCUUCUUCAAACCCAGAGCAGCCAUGGGAAUGGAGAAAGGCAAAACGUGAAGGGAAAUAGAACCUGAUCUUUGCUUUCARAAUUCAGGAACCCAAAUGUCCAACCUAUAGAACAGAAUUCAAGUAAGGUCGUUGCCUGCUUUCUGCUACAACACCCACUUGUCGCCUGCUUUCUGCUACAACACCCACCUAUAACUUAUACGCGAACUUUCAUUUCAAGUGUACCAAGAAGAAGCAGAAGAGCACCCAAAGAAACAAACCCAAACAAGGUUUCUCUUCUCGCUUCAUUAUUUAUCUCAACUAUCUUCAACAUUGCUUGUAAAUUUGUAACUGAAGAAAUCUGAAAACGAAGUUAAUUAUUACACUUAUAAAAACCAUAUGAUUCAUUUUA